UCAAAACAAUCGCGGACGCGCGUAUUUCCACUGUUCAAAAUGUGUCGGUAGAUGUUCAUGUUUUCUCAGUGAUUAUUAUGGCUUUCUCAAAAAGUUCACUUGUGUUUUUGUCAUUGUUGAGUUUAUUUGGAUUAUUCAGAAGUGAAACAAUAAGUUCAAGCCCAAAAAUAGAUUUUCCUUAUCUCGAGCAUGCACUAGAAGUUGGCAGCAAUUUCUCAAUUUUCUGUGAGGGAAAUAACAGGCUUGAGUGGAUCACACCACCUGUGAGAGAUGAUAAGUACCUGAGUUACACAAAAAUUACAAUAAGGGAACCUAAACCACGACAUCCUCAAUUUGAAUAUGCCUCUGAACUGACGAUAACAAAUAUUACAUUUCCAUUUGUGGGAUAUUACACCUGCCAGGAUGCGAUAUUACAAAGAGACAACAAGUUUAGUGAACUCUACAUUUACGUACAUGAUGAAGAACACCUUUCCGUGGAAGAGAAGGAUUUGGAAAGUAUCGUAGUGACACAAUACAAUGAUGCUGUCAUACCUUGCAGACCAACAUUUCCUGAUGUUUCUGUCAGCUUGACUAGAAUCAGUGGCGAUGAGGAACUUCAGGUUAAGAUAGGGGUCCUCCUGGAAGAUAAUACGAUGUACCAAUACAACCGUAGGCUUGGCUUCAUUACCAAUGCUACAAACCAAGUGGAAAUGGCAUUCUUUCGAUGCUACUUCAGGAGAGGAAGUCUGUCGUAUGACUAUCCAGUUUUGAUGGAGAAAGAGAUCAUAACUGAUUCCUUGGCGCAGCCAUUCAUCCAAGAAGUGGACAAAAAGUUGCACAAUGUAGUUGGCGAUACUGUGGUGCUAAAAUGUAUGAUAAAAUCGCAGGUUCACACUUCUAUAGUGUGGGAGACGCCGAUUAAAAAAAUUGACGAACGCAUGUCUACUUCACCUUUGCUGAGGGAUACCGACUACUUGGACAUGUAUUAUCAGACGUUGACCAUCAAAAAUGUGAACUUGAAGGAUAAGGGGAGAUAUUGGUGUAAAGCCAGGGACAAUCAGGACCAUACGAAUGAGAACAGCAUCGAUUUAACGAUCUAUGAUUCCGACGAUCACUUCAUUCGGCUCAUAGAGGAAAACAAAUCCUAUCAGAUUUCAGAGGAAGCAGGAGCCCCAUCUGUCCAAUGGAGCAUUGAUAUAGAUGCUCAUCCUGAACCAAACGUAACAUGGCUGAACAACAAGAAUGAAAUAAUACCGCUCGGAAUUUCCAAUAAAUAUGAAACCAAGGUAACGCCAGUUAACGCUUUCCUGAUGAUCAAGGAUAUAACCAUAUUAGAUUUUGGAAACUAUACUUUACUGGCCCAGAACAAGUAUGAUACUGAAGCUCUUGUAUUAUUCUUGAACGUCACAGAUAAACCAACGAUUGAAUUGGGCACAGAAAAAGAGUUCCAAAUGAAAAACGAGAAAACGACUGUAACUUGUACAGUUGCUGCUUAUCCUGAGCCUUUGAUAUAUUGGGAAUACAAACCUUGUUUAACGAAUACAUGUGAAUAUACUAUACUGAGUGGUGGUGAUUAUCAUCGUAACGGUCUUAAGUUUAUCUCCAACAUCACUGUGGAACUGGACCAAUCUGGUGUCAUAAGAUGCUCAGCUAACAAUUCCAAAGGAGAAGAUGUUAAGGAAUUGGGUCUCUAUGUUUCAGAUGUGAAGAAUGGAUUCGACAUAUUCGGACUUGAUGAAGAUGUCGUCUAUGAUGAAACAGCGCAUAAUGCAACAAUUGCAAUUGGCGAAACUGUAACAGUAACCUGCGGUGCCUAUAUUCAGAAUUUUUCUCAAGAAAUUCAAUGGAUAAGAGGUUCCGAAAACCUCACUUCUGACAGCAAGUACACCCUACAAAAAAGCCAAACUCAAUUCAGUAACAGAUCGUUGCUUACGAUAUACAGAAUGAGCCACGAAGACGAGGGAGUCUAUACCUGCGUACUUUACGAAAUCGAAGACGGAAGUAAAAAGGAAAUCAACAGAAAGAACAUAUCUUUCCACGUUGAAAAAUCCAUAGCUCCGAGAUUGAGGCAGUCAAACUUGAACGAUACUGUAGAAAUCAAUUUUGGCGCUAGGCUGGAAUUGGUUUGUGAAUUCGUGGGUUUGCCCAAACCCACAAUCACGUGGUUUAAGAACAAUGAAUUGUUUCAAGCAUCAGAGUCCAGAAUGAUUGUAGAUGAUGACAAUGAGAGAAUAAUUUUCACAAAUACCAUCCCACAAGAUGAAGGAACUUAUAAGUGUGAGGGAAGAAACUACCUAGGUGCUGAAUCUAAAGAAAUGCUGCUUUCUUUCAAAAAUAAAUUCGGUAGCAAAUGGUACAUCAUUGUCAUCGUCAUCCUCUUGUUCUCGAUAUUCUCAGCGUGCAUAAUAAUCUACAUCAAGGACAAAAGGAAGAAGAAACUGGAAAAAGUAUUGAUCGAAGCCGGCUUAGCCAACUUCGAAAAAGGUCAACUAGAGAACCUCAAUCCAGAAUUGGGAAUAGACGAUCAGGCAGAAUUGUUACCCUACGAUAAGAAAUGGGAGUUUCCAAUUCAGAAUUUGAAAUUGGGAAAACAGCUUGGAGCUGGAGCCUUUGGUGUGGUGAUGAAAGGCGAAGCCAGGGGCAUUUUAGAAGAUGAAGCUGUGACCACAGUGGCUGUGAAAAUGGUCAAAAGAAACGCCGAGCAUACCUACGUCAAAGCACUCGCUUCCGAAUUGAAAAUAAUGGUUCAUUUGGGGAAGCACUUGAAUGUGGUCAAUUUGCUAGGUGCAUGUACAAAAAAUGUCGCCAAGAGAGAGCUUCUGGUGAUAGUCGAAUAUUGCAAGUUCGGAAACUUGCACAACUACCUCUACAGACACAGAGAAAAUUUCAUCAACCAAGUGGACCCCCAAACAGGUCAAAUAGAUUUCUCAAUUGGGCAAGAUAUUUUAGAACGAAGCUAUUCUUUAGCAAGCAAUAAGAGUUCAUAUCCAAUGAAAUACGCUGCAUUAUCGUUCAGAAGCAGUAGUGGAAAAUCUAAUGUGGAUGGUAGACGUGAUAGUGAACUAUGUAGUACAGCGAAGACGGAAAGUACAAUCGUUAGUAUGUCACCUAAUACUGACCAAGUUUCAGUUGAGGAAGGUGUCACAUCAAGCAGCAGCAACAAUGUUCAGCCAGAAUGGCGUAGCAACUACAAAGCCGAUUACAAAGGUUCCGUCAGGCCUAUAGCAACCAAAGACCUCCUAGCCUGGGCCUUCCAAGUAGCCAGAGGCAUGGAAUACUUAGCAUCUAGAAAGGUCCUCCACGGAGACCUUGCCGCCAGAAAUAUCCUCCUGACGGACGAUAAUGUGGUAAAGAUUUGCGAUUUUGGACUAGCGAAAAGCAUGUAUAAAAGCGACAAUUACAAGAAAAACAGUGAUGGUCCCCUUCCAGUGAAAUGGAUGGCUGUUGAAUCGAUCAGAGAUAGGGUGUUCUCCACACAGUCAGACGUUUGGUCGUUUGGUAUAGUCCUAUGGGAGUUCUUCUCUUUAGCGCGGACCCCAUAUCCUGGCAUGGAAGCUGAUGAGAGGCUCUAUGCGAAACUGGUUGAAGGUUAUAGAAUGGAAGCUCCUGAGUUCUCCACGAAGGAUGCUUAUCGUUUGAUGCUAGACUGCUGGUCUGCUAAGCCAAUGAAUAGGCCUUCUUUCACCAAAUUAGCAGAAAGGAUUGGGUCGAUGCUGGAAGACAGUGUCAGAAAGCACUACAUCGAUCUGAACGAUCCAUACCUCGUGAUGAACACCCAGAGACUCGUAAACGGACAGGACGACUAUCUGGCCAUGGUCAGUCCCCCCAAUUUCGAGAAUUUAUCAUCCCCCCAACACUACGUCAACGAGUUCGACCAAUCUUCUGGGUACAUGAGUAUGAAGAGUCCCACCAUCUUCAGUCCGAGAGCGGAAGAUGAACAUGUCUUCACUUUCGACACUAGAAGAAGAAACAGUAACUCCAACGAGGAAAGCCCAGAACUUGCCCCGAUGUUGGAAAACGGAAGGACACCCUGCACCAGCCCUGUACCUUUCAGUUUUUCGAAUCCAUCGUAUCAUCUUCCACCGAACGUUGUAAGUGAUGAUUCUGUGACGUGUGAAAAGGACAUAGUCAAAUCAGCAGACAAUUAUGUGAAUAUGCCCCAGAAUAAGACUAUGGUGAAAGAAAAGAACAGUAGUCAUCCUAACAUAAAAGUGGAUGAAGAUACCAAAGAUGUCCAUUACGUGAAUAGCAGUAGUAGAGACUGGGAAUCGAUUAUAGUCUGAGUAUUAUAUUUUUGUGGAGUCUACGUGAAAGUUUACGAACGAAAUGAAAUUCGUAAAAAAUUUAUUGCCGUUGAGUAAGAGACGGUGUACUUGUACCUUAUAGGUUAUAUAUAGUUAGGAAGAACUGUCAAAGUCAUCUAGAAUUGACAUUUGACUGUAUAUUAAACAAUUAUUCGAAUUGAACUGACCAGUGAAAAUCUUUCUCUUGGUCUUGGCCCAACAAAAACAAUUGAGAAGUGUGGAUACUAUUUGUAUGGAUGAACCAUAAAGUCUUCCGAAUGAUAUGUUCUUAUCAAAGAUUUGGUGAUCUUUGCUUUUUAACAUAUACGUUCGAAGUAUUAAAAUUGUGUACUUAAUUUUUUGUUACACCCAAUUGAAUGAAAUGUAUUUUAUUUUUGCAUAUAUUGUCUAUUUGUAGGCAAGCUUAGGACCUUUUUUGAUGACAUAAGAUUCGUUGAAGGAGUAAAGUGGAUGUCGAUUGCUCUCGACAUGCCUAGGUGAAACAUGUACAAAUAUAGAUUAAGUAAAGAUCUCGUUUUGCAAA